CAUCUUCAUCAUCUUCAUCUUCAUCACACUCGCCUCUGGAGCGCGCAGACACAGAAGAAAACAUCCACAGCUCGGACACCCAUUCAGCUGGAGGAUCGGCCUGAAGAAAUUCAUGGAAAUAAAAUAGAAAUUCAUUCCCUUUGCUUUUUAUUUUUUGUUUUCUGAUCACAGCCAAGCCAUUGGACUUCAACAUGUCUGAGAUGACUAAUUUAAAACCAACCUAUGAUGUGUCCCCAGUACUUGCAGGUUUUCUGGGUGCGGGGGUCUUGGUCGUCUCCGUGACAGUGGCCGUUUUCCUCUGGACGUGCUGUCAGCGGCGAUAUCGUCAAAUGACAGGUGCGUACAAGCUGACCAGCGGCCCCUACGACCCACCCAUUGACCCCCCCUACAAGUUCAUCCACAUGCUCAAAGGCAUCAGCAUCUACCCCGAGACCCUCAGCAACAGCAAGAAGAUCGUACGGGUGGGCCGGCGCUCAGGAUCGGGCUCCCUGUUGAGAGAAUGGGGUCGUGGGUCCCGAAACGGCGACGUGCUUCUUGUGGAUGCGGAUCCUGAAGGUGGUACCCCACACCUUCAGAUGAACCACUUGGUACCUCCUGUGGGACCUCCCAGACUGGAGAGGUCGCUGCCCAUCCGGGCCGACUACUGCUGUAUGGAGAGCAGCUCAGGAAGCAGCAGCGAAGCACCCAGUAAGACGGCGUCGCCCCACAGUCUUGACUCCCCCUCUCUGGGAAUGCUCAGUUUGGCCGUUGACUACAACUUCCCCAAGAAGGCCCUUGUAGUGACCAUCGUAGGAGCGCAGGGGCUCCCCGCGGUGGACGAACAGGCGGGCAGCUCCGACCCCUACGUGAAGAUGACCAUCCUGCCUGAGAAGAAGCACCGGGUGAAGACGCGUGUCCUGAGGAAGACUCUGGAGCCCGUGUUCGACGAGACGUUCACCUUCUAUGGCAUCCCCUACAGCUUGCUGCCCGAGCUCUCGCUGCACUUCCUGGUGCUCAGCUUCGAUCGCUUUGCACGGGAUGAUGUCAUCGGGGAGGCGGUGGUGUCGUUGGUGGGUGUGGAUCCCAGCACGGGACGGGCGCACAUCACCCAGCAAAUCAGCAAGAGGAACACGCAGUGUGAAAGUCGUGGGGAGCUGCUGGUCUCUCUGUCCUACCAGCCUGUUACUCACAGGCUUAAUGUGGUAGUCCUUAAGGCCAAACACCUGCAUCUGCACAAAGAAUAA